CUACGUUUACGUCUGUGACAAAGUGCCACGUGAGGUCCUAGAUUCUCUGGAGGAACUGGGAUAUCAUCUUGUAGGGACAGGUGGUGUAGGACAAACAUACGUGUGGACAAUGCACAAACCUGCUGGCAUUUGAAAAGGAACAUUGGUGCAUUUAAAACAUGGCUAAAGUCCAGGUGAUGAAUGUUGUUGUACUCGACAAUCCAUCAGCUUUCUUGAAUCCAUUUCAGUUUGAAAUAACAUUUGAGUGUGUAGAAGAUCUCCAGGAAGAUCUCGAAUGGAAAAUAAUUUAUGUUGGUUCUGCAGAAAGUGAAGCAUUUGAUCAGGUACUAGAUACUGUGUAUGUGGGACCUGUGCCAGAGGGACGGCAUAUGUUUGUAUUCCAAGCAGAACCUCCAGAUCCUAAAAAAAUACCAGUGGCAGAUGUUGUUGGUGUCACUGUUGUGUUGCUCACAUGUUCAUAUAGGGGCCAGGAAUUCAUCCGUGUUGGUUACUACGUAAAUAACGAUUACACGGACCCUGAGCUGCAGGCCCAGCCACCAGCAACACCACAGUUCGACAAACUGCAACGCAAUAUUCUCGCAACAAAUCCUAGAGUAACUCGUUUCAAGGUUGACUGGGAUGACAACCCCAGUAGAGCAACAAGUAAUGGAGGUGGUGAGAAUGGUACUGCUGUGAUGGAAAGUGGAAGUACUACAAAUGGCAUGCGCUCAUCCCUUGAGGCAACUAUGACAGCAAAUAGUUUGGAUGGUGGACCUAUAAGGGCUAGUAUAUUAGCUUCUGGAGAGACAAGUAUGGAGAUGUAG